AUGGAAGAAGACGCCAAGAUGAUAGACAAAGUGACUGAGUGCCCAUAUGUAGUCGGCAACAAGAUCACGCUGCAGCUGGAGGGUCGCCCGGUUCAAGCCACAAUCGUUAAAACCUUUGAACCCUGGACCAAUUCAUGUGCUAUGGUCCUCUCGUUUGAUUCCGACCUUUCUGCCCUAGGCAUUGAGGGAAAUGUGGUCCUGAAGGUUUAUGAUCGACGGUUUUCAAUAGAACAACGAACUUUCUGCAAAGCAGAUCCUUGGACCCCAGAAAUUGAAAGAGACCUUUAUAAGUAUCUUUGCUCAGAUGAAGGACUGAAGUUUGCGAUUGAACAUGAAAAGUUUUGCAUAAAAGAAAGAGAAGAAGAUCAUGAUUUCAUGCCAACGAUCAUCGAGGAAGGUACCGGCGAGGAACAGCACCCACAGAACACCUGUGAGCAGGAAGGCGCCAAUGAAAAUGGCCACACCAACGAUAAUGACGAUGCCAACUCCAAAGGCACCCUCUUCAAGCUUUCCAUGCUAUCUAUCAAUCUUCUCUCUCCUCUCUUCCACGCAUAUAAGAUGGCUUUCCGUGGUCUGCUGUGCGCCAUUCGCUUUUUUCACACUGGAGUCACCGCAGUACUUCCCUGGAGACACCAAAAGGCCAUUGAUAUAAAACCCCAAGGGAUCAACAGAAAUGAUGAAGCCAAUGGAAACAAUUCUACGAAUACCUAUGUGACAACUGAGGAACAACAGCCCAGCAAUCUCGAUGCAGCGGUUGAGGAUGCAGGGGAAUCUGAAGAAGCAGCAGAAGAAGAAUGGGAUUACUUAGGCAGUGAGCUAGAUUUCUGUUUCUUCAAGCAGUUCCGGUACGAAUCAGAGACCGAAGCAUAUGAAACGAUGAAAGAUCUGCAGGGAAUUCACAUCCCCCGAAUUUUCGCACAUACCAAGAUUCUGGGGCCGGAAUACACCCAAGAUCAGCCCAUCAGCCGGUAUUUCGAACAUCCUGGGAUUCUCAUGGAAUAUAUCGAAGGAUUCCCCCUUCCUGACAUUGCCGAACAUGCCCCCAGAAAAGAAUGGCAGCCCAUAAUUGACAAAGCCGUCGAGAUCGUCAACGAUAUCAUGAGCCAUAGAAUCCUCAAUGACGAUACUGAUGUAAGGUGCUUUAUCGUGCAACCUGAUCCAGCCAACAAGCUGGAGUCCGAAUACAAGUUUAAAUUGACUAUGAUCGACUUUGGUCAUACUAGAUUCCGCAGACAAUACCAUCCUGGAGAGGAUUGGCGAUGGUGGGAGGCACGCGAUGAUGGAGAGGGCGCUAUCGCACGGGUGAUGGAACGGAGGUUGGAAGUGGAUCAUGGGGGAGGCUAUAUCUACAAAAGGACCCCCUAUCGUCAAAUGCUUGUCAAAGAUUAUAUGGGGGAACACUGUCCCCAGGAGAGACCUAUUCCACGCGACGUGUGA